AUGGCACAGAAUGAAACUACAACAGCACCCGAGAGGGAGGUCAAAUACAUCAACACGAUUGAUGCGUACAACCAAUGGGCAGAGAUAUAUGAUACGGACGGGAACUUCCUCCAGGCACUGGACACAUUGGAGAUGAAGACCCUCCUACCAGCAUUUCUGUCACUAAACAAGUCUCCAGGUGAGAAGACGAAGUACGUUGACCUUGGUUGCGGGACGGGUAGAAACACACUCCCCCUUGCGCAGCAUGCGCCAGAGGCAAUGAUUGUUGGCCUGGAUCCGUCCGAGAAGAUGCUUGAGCUGGCACGCAAACGCACUGCAACUGCGAGCAAUGUACAGCUAGAGCUGUACGACAUUCUCGGGCCUACUGGACCACCUGCAAGUGCGCUGGCAGCAGAUGGAGUCAUAUCAACCCUAGUGGUGGAACAUGUACCGAUGCAGGACUUUUUCAGAGCCGUGGCAAGCAUAUUGAAGCCUGGUGGUGCUUUGCUGCUUACGAACAUGCAUUCGGAAAUGGGUGGUGUUACUCAGGCCGGGUUUGUCGAUCCACAGACCAAGAUGAAGGUUCGUGGGACGAGCUAUGCACAUAGUGCAGAAGAGGUUGUUGCGGAGGCUGCGAAGUUUGGGCUGGAGCUGGUGGGGGAGAUGAAGGAGGUGACGCUGGAUGAGAAGCUUGCUCCUGUUCUGGGAACCCGGGCGUCGAAGUAUAUUGGUGUCCGGGUCUGGUUUGGUGGGUGUUUUCAGAGAAAGUGA